AUGUCUGUGUCUCGAAAGCGGUGGCAAAAGCCCCAACCCUUGAACCUGUUUUAUGCCACCAAACAGGCUUUUGCCGCCCACGAUGAGGAUGCGGAUGGACCUUCAGUUUCGUCGAAAUUUCCGUGUGCGUCUCUCCUGCCAAACCUUGUGGUAGUGUCCGAAAAUCUUAACCUUGCUCCCUUUUCCAAACGCGCGGUGGUCGAUUUUGACGAUUCUCUAACGGUUGGGUUACCAUCCACCCGUUACUUACGCCUUCGUAAUCCUCAAUCUGCAUCCAUAAUCGUUCACUGCAAACGCUACCCAACUAGUGAUGAAUUUGCCUUCUUUUGGGUUUUUACGACAAAGGAAGAUACCGAGAAUCUUCCAGACCCGGAAACCCAAGCUCUUGUUGACACCUCUGCACCUGCGAUCAAUCUCACUUCUUGCAAAUCUCUUCAUUUGGAUCCUCAUGGUGACUGCCUUUUGCGGGUGAUUUGGACACCGAAACCAGGUCCUCUGCCUCUGAAUCAAGGAAAAAAUACGUCUUUGAGCCCUUCGCUUCGCCAUAUCUUGCGGUUCCAGUUGAGUGGCGCCGCUGUUGUGGAAGCGAUACUUAUCGCUAGUAGUGUGAAGCAGUCUACUCAGGGAGGCAUGAAGCUAUGGAAAAAGUCUCGUAAUGUUUUGCCUGUGCGAUCGUUUGGAGUGGCCCUUCAGCCCUCCAGACCUGGGGUGUCUAUGGCCGCUAAGGAAAGAAGGCUGAGGCAUUCUUCGCUAGGACUUCGAGUUCUAGCUGCAUUUGCAACCGACCGCAAUAUCCGUCGGUCCCACUCUUUGGACACGAGGGUUGCGAUCUCGGUUAUGGCAGCGGAGGAUUUUCGGACGCCUCGGCGAUCAGGCUCUGCUGUGAGCGACCUGCAGCGAACUCCGGAAAAUGAGGCAACCACCUUUAUCUCCCCCGCCCUUCUUUCUCCCAUGGUGAAAAGAGAUGCUGGCGUUAUCUUCGCUUCCAGUGCUUGUUGCAGCGGAAAUGGCAACACUCUCACUUCCACAAAAACCAGCAAGAGUGGUGCCAAUAUCUUCGGUUGGGACGCCUCAGCCGCCCUUUCGAGUGCCAAUGAGGCAGGCUUUACUCGGUGGCUAAACUACCUUUUCGCUAGUGGCCAAAACGCCCAACCUUCCGUCCCUAACGGUAAUCCUAGUACCCGAAUCGAAAGCUCUCGCGCGGCCGUUUUGCGUCUCCUCCGUUGUCCAACCUUCGUUGCACCUGCACAUCGCAUAGAACGUGAGAUCGAUGGCCAGCGACUAGCAGUCAAUCAGGACCUCAAUUUCCGUGCUGAUAAGGGACUUCAACGUUGCAUUUGUGACUUCUUCACAUCUCACUACUCUCCCGUUUGGCUCUCGCCCUGUGUGAACGUUUUGACAGAGCUGGUCCAAUCCUCAGAUGUGCCCAUGGUCAUUCCGCCAAAAGCUUCUGCUUUGAGCAAGCGAGUUCACAAGUACCUCUUCGCUGAUGUGCCUCCUCUACCACAGAAGAGGAAGAGAGCCAAUUCAUCGGGAGUAAAUGAGGACGGUGCGAUGUCAUUUGCAAACUGGAACGCACAAGGAGCCGCAACCUAUACUGAACACUACAACCAGCAGAUAGUUAAGCGUUGUCUUACUCUCAUUUGGCUGUUGGAUCAAGCCAAGGUGAAGAGACUAUUGCGACUCGACCCAUGUCUUUUCAAUAUAUCCGCUCCAGUAAAAUCCUCGGAAGAAGUUUGCCAAAAUCUCGGCCGCGCUUAUCUCUCUCGAGAAACAAACUUGGCUCGAACUUUAGCUGUCCUUGGCGCAAAUCUCUCCGUAGUCCAAAAACCUCUCGAUGAGUUCGACUUCACCGUCACCAAUCUCGCCGUAGACUUACGAGAUGGCCUCCGUCUGGUAAAAUUGGCUGAUCUGCUGUUGCCAGAUGCGCAGAAAAUUUUUCCUAACCACAAAGGUAGCCUCAUGAAUUUGGUGCGUUUUCCACCCAUCAGUCGACUGCAAAAGAUCCACAAUGUGCAAUUGGCUCUAUCUGCAUUUGAAAGCGUUGUUGGAAGACGUGGUUUAUAUACCGCUUCUGGCAAACCAAUCACCGAACGCGACAUUGUGAACGGUCAUCGGGCAAAAACUCUCUCCCUCCUUUGGUUCAUUCUUUUGCGCUUCCAAGUGACAGCCCUCCUUGAUCCACCUGCACUUCGCUCUGAAAUUUUCCAUCUCGUUGACGUCAGGCCUACCACCGCAAUCAGCAUUUCUCUACGUCGAGAUAUAGAAGCCCUUCUCGUGACCAAUUCGUCGCUCUUUGAUGGAGACGAAAAUAACAAUCCAUUUGCAGAGAUGGAGUGCAAUCAACGAAUCCUGUUUCUGUGGGCCAAGGCAGUGUGUUGCACUGGUGGAUAUGAGAAUGUCAAGGUCGAAAAUCUAGACCAAUCAUUCGCAGACGGUCGCGUCUUAUGCUACAUCUUACACUUUUACCUGCCUACCCUCUUGCCGCGUGGUCUGGUUCGAAACGCCACUACUCUGACGGCGCAACUUUAUCCCGACAUUCCCCAUUCCUUGCUCUUGCAUAACAACGUGGCAAAUCUGCGACUUUUUCAACAGAGGCUCUGGCAUCUGGGUGACGUUCCAAUGCUCUUGAAUGUUGGUGCAGACCUUCCCACUACUGCAACUCCCAUAUCAUCAAAUUCUCCUGUUGCCAAAUUCAAUCAACAAUGCCCCAGUGCUUUUCUCCCUCCGGGUAUUGUACUCACCACUCUAGCUUACCUCGCCUCGCGUCUCAUCUGCGGCAAGGGUGGCUUCUCCCGUUUACGCCAUGUUGUUGAGAACCACGCUGCCCGCAUCAUUCAAACGCGUUGGAGGCAGAAUCGUGCAGCGCAAGGGCUACAAACCCACCCCAUGUCUGUCGCCCCUCUUCUAACAACUCCUCUUUGUCCCUCUGCCUCCACCGAGAAGAGUGAGCUUCUGGAAUCCGCCUCUACCAUCACCUUGUCUGAGUCGAGAGUUAUUGAAGCUGUAGUGCGUAUUCAACGUGCUGUACGGACAUGGCUUAGAGCGCGCCAGCUAAAGCUGCGCUUCGUUGUGGAGAUCCAGUCUCAUGCUAGGGCCUUCCUUGCUCGACAGAGAGUUCUGGCACGUAAGAAACAAGCUCUGGAGGCUCAGGCUGACGCUGCGGUGAUCAUUCAAAGUGCGUGGAGGGCGUAUGCUGCAAGGCGCAGAUUUAUCAAACUUCGAUCGAAUGUAAUUCGCCUUCAAGCUCUCUGCCGCGGUGUACUCACCCGACGUGCUUUCCGGACGGCUUUGAUGACGCGUUUGGCCGCCGUCCUGGUCAUUCAACGGUGGUGGCGAGGUCGUCAGCUGCGGCGACGAUUCCUUCUUCAGCGUCAAGUUGCUUGUUGGAUCCAACACCGUUGGCGAAGAAUUCUUGCCCGUAGGAAGCGCCUUCAUUUGGCUAUUCAACUUCAGGCAACCGCCAGAGCCUAUUUUGUAAGGCGAGAUGUCGAGGUGAAAAUGAAUGCCGUACUGACCAUGCAAAGGUGUGCACGUAGGUGGCUAGCACUUUAUCGUAAGCGCACAAUUGCGGCCUACAUCAUCCAACGUUGGUGGCGUGCUAUGAAGCAACGACGCGCUUUCCUACGCACUCAACAUGCUGUACGAUGUAUUCAGCACUGGUGGAGGGGUCAUCUUUUUGAACGGCAAAGAGAGGUGGCUGCUGCAAUUACCAUUCAACGUGCAUGGAGAUGGUCACGAGUCCAGCGCCAGAAAUGUAUUGAGGAAAGGCUGAAGAGAGUUCAUAUCAUGCAGAUGCAUGCCACUGCCGCCACGCUUAUUCAAAGCACCUGGAGGCGAUAUAAAGUUCGUUGUCAACGCGAACGCUUAGAUAAUGUUGCUGCCAUGACAAUUCAACGAGCCUGGAGAAGGCACAGGCAGAAAAGGCGUUCAGAGGUGAGAGAAAAAAAUUUUUAG